UCCACACCAGCUGCGCGGGGGUGGGUCUCGACGGAGAGGCGGGUGGCCCCGUGAGGCCCUGGCUCGUCCCCUUCAGCCCUUGUUUGCGCACGGUCUCCGUGACCCCCGUGGAAGCAUCCUCUGGAGUCGGGGUUGGGGCACCUCUGGUCGUGGGUGAACUUCACGGUGAACGCCUCCGGGAGGCGCCGGACCACUUGGGCCUCAGCCACACAGCAGGCGGCGCGUGCUGUGUGGUUGCUAAGGGACGGAGGGUCCUAGCCCGCCAGAUGGAGGCCUGGGGCGAGACCGUCGCCGCACGCAGUCCCCAAAGCCCAGGUAGUGCUUGGCAUAAAAUGGAUCCUCUCAGCACAGCAAACGUUGACUUUUGCCUUGAUGUGUUCAAAGAGCUGAACAGGCACAACGUAGGAGAAAACAUCUUCUUUUCACCACUGAGUCUGCUUUAUGCUCUAAGUAUGGUUCUCCUUGGGGCCAGAGGAAACAGUGCAGGGCAGAUGGAGAAGGUGCUUCACUUUAAUCGUAUUGCAGAAUCCUUAAAACCAGAGUUCAAGGCCUCAGCUAAGUGCAGCCAAGCUGGAAGGAUUCAUUCAGCGUUUGGAGUCUUAUUCUCUCAAAUUAACCAGCCAGACUCUAACUAUACCCUCAGCAUGGCCAACAGACUCUACGGGACAAAGGCGAUGAUGUUCCAUCAGCAAUAUCUAAACUGUUCUGAGAAACUGUAUCAAACCACGCCGCAAACUGUUGAUUUUGAACGGUCUCCAGAAGAAACGAGGAAAACUAUUAAUGCUUGGGUUGAAAGUAAAACUAAUGGAAAAGUCACAAACCUCUUUGGAAAGGGCACAAUUGAUCCUUCUUGUGUAAUGGUCCUGGUGAACGCCAUAUAUUUCAAAGGACAAUGGCAAAAUAAGUUUCAGGAAAGAGAGACAAUUAAAACCCCUUUUCUGCUAAGUGGGGGUAAAAGCGUACUUGUGGAAAUGAUGUAUCAAACGGGAACUUAUAAAUUAGCCUUCAUAAAGGAGCCGCGGAUGCAAAUUCUGGAGCUGCCCUACGUGAACCACAAACUAAGCAUGAUUGUUCUGCUUCCCGCGGGCACGGCCAGCCUGGAACAGAUAGAGAAACAGCUGAACAUGAAGACGUUUUACGAGUGGACCAGCUCUGCUAACAUGAUAGAGAGGGAAGUUGAAGUCCAUAUCCCCAGGUUCAAACUUGAAAUGAAGUAUGAGCUAAAUGCUUUGCUAAACUCCCUUGGGAUGACAGAUAUCUUCAACGAAAUCAAAGCUGAUCUCUCUGGAAUAUCACCAGCCAAAGGCCUGCAUUUAUCAAAGGUCAUCCACAAGUCAUAUGUGGAUGUCAAUGAAGAGGGCACCGAGGCAGCAGCAGCUACUGGGGACAGCUUCGUUGUAAAAAGACUCCCCAUCCGAGCUCAGUUCAUGGCGAACCACCCUUUCCUGUUUUUCAUAAGGCACAUCCCUACCAACAUGAUCGUCUUCUGUGGCAAGCUUGCCUCUCCCUAAACAAGUGGGGCUGAGGGGGGCUCAGGGUCACAGAAGAGGUACAGGGACAAACCCAUGACUAAAAGUAGCUCAUCCCUUACACACCUCUGUGCCUUACUUUGCUCAUCAGCAAAAUGGGUCUAGGAUCUCUCUCAACUUAUACCUUGAAUUGGUGAACCCUAAAAUUAUGGAAAUCAUGGAAGAAGAUACAUUUACAAAAAAAGCUUCUCUGGUUCUCUUAUCUUUGGGGCCUCAUUUAAGUGCUAUCUGGGUGACAUGAUCAAGUCAAUGAGAACAGUUUUCAAGGGUUAGAUUUACUUGACUUGUAUGUAUCCGUGAUCUCUUGAACAAGUGACCAAUCUACCUUCAGAAAACUAAAUUAAGGGCUUCAGCUUUGGUUGGAUUUUUAAAUAUAGUUUUCCUUGCAUGUGUAGACAUAACAUCAUGAAUUUUAGUUCAAAAUUCUGUAUUCAUUAUAAUAAAUAUAUAAAAUGCCUUCAGUUCUGUGAAGAUUUUUAAUAUACUCCAGUAAUUAAAUGACUUACCAAAGGAGAUUGAAGAAGGAGGAGUCUAAAUCAACAUUUUCGUGGAAUUUUUGGCCAAAUGUUUUCAAGCCCUAAAUUGGAUAACUGAUUUUUCUUUUUGCCUCCCUCCCUUCCUUUAUUCUUUCCAUUUUUCCUUCAUUUUUCUCUUUCCCUCUCUCCUCUCUCUCCUUCCUUCCUACCUUCUUCCCUCCCUCUCUCUU